ACGAGAGGCUCCUGGUUAAGUCGUUUGUGAUCCUUGCGGAGUCUCUGGCUCCUGGACCUGUUGAGACCCAGUUCGCGCCCCUGCUGCUGGGCAGCGUGAAGCGCCGAGGCUUCGAGAACGGCCUGUGGAAACUUGCAGUGGGUGGAGAAGAGGCUGCGGGAGAGCCGGCGGGAGAGGGACCACCCCGAGCUCAGGCACCCUGCGCUGCGGGUAGAGUCUGGCCGGCGAGGUCUAGGCUGCGCGAGGUGGGCUCGCUCUCCGCAGCUGGUGGCCGCGAGCCGGGUGCGGGGAGCACCCACUCCGGGAAGAGCGCGUGUCCGCAUCUAGACACCGCGAGGCCGGCGUUCACCUGUAAGAACCAUCAUCCCUGCCUGUGAGUCUUUGAGAACAGUACAAUGUCUCUUUGUGCCUCUUCUCACAAAGAGUUUCCUCAGCUGUUACCUAUUCAAGAUAUGGAUAUCAAAAACUCACCAUCUAGCCUUAACUCUCCUGCCUCCUACAACUGCAGCCAAUCUGUCCUACCCCUGGAGCAUGGCCCCAUAUAUAUACCUUCCUCCUAUGUAGAGAGCCGCCAUGAAUAUUCCGCCAUGACAUUCUAUAGCCCUGCUGUGAUGAACUACAGCAUUCCCAGCAGUGCCAAUAGCUCCGAAGGUGGACCCGGUCGACAGACCACAAGUCCAAAUGUGUUGUGGCCAACUCCUGGACACCUCUCUCCCUUAGCGAUCCAUUGUCAGUCAUCACUUCUGUAUACAGAGCCUCAAAAGAGUCCUUGGUGUGAAGCAAGAUCAUUAGAACCCACCUUACCUGUAAACAGAGAGACGCUGAAAAGGAAAGUUAGUGGGAGCAGUUGUGCCAGCCCCGUUACUAGUCCAAGUCCAAAGAAGGAUGCUCACUUCUGUGCGGUCUGCAGCGAUUACGCAUCUGGAUAUCACUAUGGAGUCUGGUCGUGUGAAGGAUGUAAGGCCUUUUUUAAAAGGAGCAUUCAAGGACAUAAUGAUUACAUUUGCCCGGCUACAAAUCAGUGUACGAUAGAUAAGAAUCGGCGCAAAAGCUGCCAGGCCUGCCGACUUCGGAAGUGCUAUGAAGUGGGAAUGGUAAAGUGUGGCUCCCGGAGAGAAAGAUGCGGGUACCGUGUUAUGCGAAGGCAGAAGAGUUCUGAUGAGCAGCUGCACUGCCUGAGCAAAGCCAAGAAAAAUGGUGGACACGUGACCCGAGUGAAGGAGCUGCUGCUGAGCGCCCUGAGCCCGGAGCAGCUGGUGCUCACGCUCCUGGAGGCAGAGCCGCCCCACGUGCUCGUGAGCCGCCCCAGCACGCCCUUCACCGAGGCCUCCAUGAUGAUGUCCCUGACCAAGCUGGCCGACAAGGAGCUGGUGCACAUGAUUGGCUGGGCCAAGAAAAUUCCAGGCUUUGUGGAGCUCAGUCUCUACGACCAGGUGCGCCUCCUGGAGAGCUGCUGGAUGGAGGUGUUAAUGGUGGGGCUGAUGUGGAGGUCCAUUGACCACCCGGGCAAGCUCAUCUUUGCUCCAGACCUCGUUUUGGACAGGGAUGAGGGGAAAUGCGUGGAAGGAAUUCUGGAAAUCUUCGACAUGCUCUUGGCAACAACUUCAAGGUUCCGUGAGUUAAAACUCCAACACAAAGAGUAUCUCUGUGUCAAGGCCAUGGUCCUCCUCAACUCCAGUAUGUACCCGCUAGCUGCUGCUGCAACCCAGGAGGCCGAGAGCAGCCGGAAGCUGACUCACUUGUUGAACGCAGUGACCGAUGCUCUGGUCUGGGUGAUUGCCAAGAGCGGGAUUCCCUCCCAGCAGCAGCCCGUGCGCCUGGCUAACCUCCUGAUGCUCCUUUCUCACGUUAGACACGCCAGCAACAAGGGCAUGGAACACCUGCUCAACAUGAAGUGCAAAAACGUGGUCCCAGUCUACGACCUGCUGCUGGAGAUGCUGAAUGCGCACACGCUCCGCGGGCACAAGUCCUCGCUCCCCGGGGCCGAGUGCAGCCCGGCGGAGGACAGCAAGAGCAGGGAGGGCUCCCAGAAGCCCCAGGCGCAGUGAUGCCCGGCCCGAGGCGAACAGGCCAGAGAGGAGGUCGGAGGCUGAAGCAUGAACUCCCGGGCAGACCGUGAGCUCCGUCGGGUGGGCAGGCUUUGUUGUCUUGCUCGCGUGGGCGCCCUCGUUUGGUUAUGGCAGCUCAGUCGUGUACCGUCCUUCACCCGACCUCCCCACUUCCCAGGAGUCAGGGUGAGAAAGCUGCAGUGUUCCCUGGUGCCGGGGGGCAUGUCUGGAUGCAGACUUUACCUCUUGCUCGGCCUUGUGGGAUCUCAGUGUGGGCCCUUUCUUACUCGCCAUCUCCCUUCCACUCCUCUGGCAAACAUCUUAAAGGUUUGGGAAUGAAGGGUGGAAAUCUGCUGUGGAAGGUUGGAAAGUGGAGAGGGGAGAGGAUGGGGCACUUCCAGGAAGUGGACUAACCUUCAUCGUGCAACCUAACCUGCCCUUAGAUAGACCUUCGUUUGCUCUCUUCAGGACCACUUGACGGUAGGAUGGAAAACCAUGACAAUGAACAAACUAGGUCCACACACCUACCUCAUAGGCCUGUGAGGACUGAGGUCAUGUAUCACUAUUACUGUCGAAGGCCAGAGGGAUCAUGACCUGGGGAGCCAGUGGUCAGGCUGGGAAGUGAGCCUUGCCCUCCCCCCAGACCUUGCUGCCAUCUCCGUAGGGGUUCAUUCCUCUUGAUUUGCGUUCAUAGAACCUGCUGAUUAUUUGGGGUGCAUUUCUGUUUGUGAUCACUUUUAUGGAGGAUUGUGGAGAUUUAAAUCUCUCUGCCCCUGGAACUGCCCUUCCUUAAAACUCUCUUGUCCCAAGGGGCCCAGUGUGUGCCGGAGAAAGGCCCAGUGUUCGCAGGAACGGGUUUCUCCUGGGGGUUUGGGUCACAGCCACGUUGCUUUCCUGGGGGCAGCCACAACCGCGCCACAUCAGCCACCCACAGACAGGGACAGGUCAGGCUGUGUGUGCGAGGCAAGCCGUUCCAUGGAAAGAUGAAUGGCUUGGCACCCCUGUGUGUCAGGUUCAGCGCCAGACUGUGCAGACAUGGUGAGCAUAGCACUUGAACAAGACCUGGUAUGUGAACUCUACUUUAAAAAAAAUAUAUUUAGGGAUAGUUAUUUAUAGCAAGAAAGAAUUCUUUUACACCCUCGGGCUCUUUUAAACUAUUUUCUUAUCAGAACAUUUAUAGGGUGAGCUGGGAGACAUAGAAACUUCACAGAAGAAUAUUAGUUCCUAUUCCAAGUGGAAGAUAAGUAGGACAAGAUGAUAAAACCCCUCUGGAAUGACAAUUUUAACUCACUUUUAAAAAAUUGAAAUCUUCAGGAACAUAGUGAAUGCAUAAAAUGAGUCACAUCUAUACCCUGGCAGUGAGCAGCAUGUUUGACUUUUGUGAUGAUGUUUUAACUAAUGACCUUGUGAUCGAUUAAACUCAUUCUCUUUUUGAAAAUGGGUUUACUUUGGCUGGCACCUUCUAUAUUUACUAAGUCAUCAGGAAGAUCAAAUUCGAUGUUAUGAAGGUUGGUUUCUGCUAGGGAGUCCUUGGAUAAUUCUUAAUUUUGAUAUUGGUGCAGUUUUACUAAAAGUUGAGCAGAGCUGUUUCAGGAACACUCGGACACAGACCUGGAGAGCACACCGUUGUCUGCAUUCUGAUGUGGUCUGAAAGCAUUCCUAGUGGCUCGGGGCUGCAGCCUAGGUGAGAUUCGGUGCAGAACAAGAGUUGUAUUUUACAGGAACCAGGGAACCCGAACCCGUGUCAUCCAGAAGGUCAAUUCCCCUUCUUUCUGGCCAGCCUAGUACCCCCUCCCCCCCCACAAACCGAUGAUACAAGGCUGGAGAGCAGGAAGCGGGAGGCAAAGGAGGCGGUCUUGAACAAUUAUUUGCUGAUGAAAGUCUCUUAAUUGUACUUACAAAGGAGACCACCAGUAAAAAACAACACCAGAAAGAGGUCUAAGCCACUGCCAUGGGAGCAUGCAGUGACUGACGUAUUUGCGGUUGGAUUUGGAUGCCCAAGGUAGAAACCAGAGUGGUCUCAGGUAGCAAGGCAGGUUUCCAUGACCCGAGCUUGGCUGGACUGGUGCAUGUGCUAGUGAACUCUUCCAGGGCCCGCUGCUCAUUUCCUAGUUAUUCCUGCUUGCUUCUCGAGGCUGCUUGCUUCACUGCCUUUGGGUUUAGCCCAGGAGGGGGCUGUAAUACUUUUGGUCAUUUCUUCUUGGCUCAGACUGCCAUAGGAAUGCGCUGGGGACAGAGGUUGGUCAGCCUUGGGGGGUGCUCCUCGGGGCAAGGCUGUCUCUUAGCAUUGGGGUCUCGGCCAAGCAGGCAGUUGAGAUAACAUGGUCUGUAGCUGAAAGGUGUUCUUCCUUUUGUUUUGAAUAUUCUAGGGCCCUUUCCCCCUUGCAGAUGGGAGUGUUUUGAAUCUCUGGGCCCAUCUGUUCCAAACGUGUCCUCUAAAGCUGACACCAGUGAGCAGUCAGUCUGCUGUUUUUAUGUGUUGUUCAUAAACCCUCCAUAUCCAUUUUAAAGAUUAAUCAUUUCUCCUUAAAGUGCUUUCUUUUAAAUAUCUUCUUUUUGGGCAUAUCCACACCCCGUCCAAAUGAUCUAUGGACAAUUUAAAAUUCUGCCAUAGCUUAGCAAGGACUUCACUGUUUUUCAGAUCAGUUUUUAAAAGGCAUAAACUAGGGGAAAUUGGACCUGACAGCUAUAAACAGGAAAUAAUUUGAGUGCUGGGGGGAAACCCCCACCCAACUACAUUUUAUGUAUUACGGAAAAGUGAGCCUUAGCUUUGCCUCAGACUCGCGUGGCAAGAUGCCUUUCCUCCACUUUGAUCUGCAAGUUAUUGUGUAAUGUGAGAAGCUUAUUUGUGGGACAUGAAUGAGAUUUGGGCUUAAUUCCAAAAACAUGAGCGUCUCAUAGGGGAUCAUGCGGACACAUCUUAAUGAAAUAAUUAACACGAAUAUUCUUAACACAGAGAACAUUAGAACAGAGUGUUCACUCGGAUUCCUGGGAGGGAGCUGGCAAUCCCUAAGGAGGACCUGCGUGGGCGAGCCCAGGGCUGCUGUGAGUUUUCAUGCGUCAUCCUAACUGCACACCCUCCCCUCCCCUCCAGCACCUCUGUGUGACCUCAGGCCUGUCACUUGCACACUGUCCCCUGGGACCAACUACAGAGGAUUUGACCCUAAAAUAACUUUGAAGAGAUUUUUCUUAAAAAGUUGAGGCGGGAACAUAAAUCUGGGGGGUCUUAACUGAAUUAAAAACAAAACCACACAAAAUCAACUCAAGCUCUGCAGUGAGAUGGUCUCUACCUGGAUUAUUUCACCUGCCAACUCAGCCGGGAGGGCAAUUACUCUAGAUUGCAGUAAAAAGAAAUCAGUUACCAACUCUUGGCAGAGCUCCUUACAUAUUCAUGUAUAUAAGCAAGCUUGAAGCAAUUCCAGAAUUUUCCAGCAUGUGAAACCAGUUUGGUGGUUAUUUAAAUCUGCUAAGGAGGAGCUUGCACAUACUGACACCUUUUCAAAUUCAAGUGAACCUUCAGCGUCUAGGUCUAUUUUGAAACAAAACAUUUUUUAUUAAAUAAGAUUUGACACAUUUCUUGAAGCUGCUAAAAACCUUUUAGAAAACAUAAUAAAGACUGAAGGAAAUGGUGAAAAUACAUCAUUUAACACCCAAUAGUAGUACUGUGGAACACCAUGUGCCAGACGCAGUACUCAAGGCCUCAUACUUUCACAUUUAAUAAUAAUUACUGUGAUCCUAAUUUUCUGGUCAUGGAAUUAGAGAGUAUAAGCAAAUUCGCCCAGGGUCCCACAGGGAAGCGAGUGAUAGAGCUGAGCACAGGCAGAGUUCCAGCGCUGAAGGUAAUCACGCAGCUUAGCUUAACACUAAAAAGAUAAUUCUCAGGCUGCAGAAUGCAUGCAUCAGUUGCAAUCUGACAUGCACGGCCUCUCUGGUUUAAGUGGGACCCUCCCCAGUCCCACAGCACUCUGCAGAAACAGUGACAGGGCAGACGUUCAAUCUCAUUUUGUACACGUGUGUAAAUUAAAGCCCAGAGGGGGAAACUGACCUGCUCGAGGUCAUAAAACUACUUAUGGCCAAACUCGGACAGGAAUUUACGCCUUCUGCUGCCUGGCCGCCACUGUUCCUGCUGUAGGACUGCCUCCCUGAGUCUGCUGCUGGAGAUGAAUCUCGGUGCCUAACAGACAUGCACGUUACGGCUGCCUUCUAUGGACUCUAGAUCCUAUCUUUUCAGCAGAGAUGGGGGUCUGCAUGAAAUGGUACAGAACACGUGGAAAAGACCGUGAGUUCGAUCGUUCCUGUCCUCCCAUCCUGGGCUCAUAAGCUAGUGGGUGGCCCUCCGGUCACCUCCUUCUAUCUGCUGUUGCUUUUCCCAAAUGCACUGAAGUGGAGUACGUUCCUUGGAAAUUUCCCCGUGUAAAACGCUCACACCUUUUAGGUACUGAUGCUUCCCUGUGGAGUCUGGUAUACAACAGUGUGAAACACAUGCCCUUGAUUCUUUGUAGCUCUCAAAGUUGCUGGGCUCGUGGCUCCCGUGGCAGCUCUAAGAUGUGCAUUGUCUGCAAUAUGUGAUCUUCUAACCCUUCUGUUGCUUUGGAGUCAGGGAUCCUUUUAUUUAUUUUUUAUUUUUUUUUCUGAGUUCCAAGGAUCCUAUUCACUUGUGAGGCCAGGAGCUGUUAGGGGCUGGAGGGUUUCCUUUAUGGGAAGGGCAAAGGUUUGCUAACGCUAGCCCAGAGCAGCUCCUGCUCGCCAUAGUCUAUGCUGCCACGUUUGUGCUGUGCUGGGUGUCUAAAUGCCACGACUCCUGGUUCUGUAACUUGGUGAUUCAUUGGUCCUGUGUACCUCAGAGCCUGCUGGUGGCUAUGCCUUGUUUUUUUCAGGUGAGUGCUUUGUACUUUUAUGCAGUCUUACAUUUGGGUCUUUACAAAUGAAUGUUUGCUGUUGUGUGAAAGCAGGUUUUGAGGUCUGCUUUCCAUUCCCCCAGGUACUGUUUUUCCUCUGCUGUGUCCCCUUAUUAUUUAUGGAACUGUUGUGGAAAGAAGUUUAAUGUGACAUAAGCUAAAUAAAGUGUUUUUCAUAA